CCGCAGUCCUGGAGGGGCAGUGGUAGCGUAAGCGCCCGCGGGCGACGCAAUUUCCUCGCCGAGCUCACCUUUCCCCUCACGCUUCCUCUUCUCGCCUAGCUGUGUGCUGCCCGCGGCUCCUUCUGACGCAAGCUUUCGGAGUGCGGGCGCUGAGAAGCUGUCGCCUCCUCGCCUCGCGGCCAAGUGAGAGUGCCUGUCGCACCGUGUCGCCCACCUGCGCCGCCUUCUUGCCCCCAAUCGCGGGCGCCCUUCUCGCUCGAAGCACACCCCCCAGCUCCAUGAAUGGAAAUCGGCUCCGCAGGACCCGUUGGGGCCCAGCCCCUACUCAUGGUGCCCAGAAGACCUGGCUAUGGCACCAUGGGCAAGCCCAUUAAAUUGCUGGCUAACUGUUUUCAAGUUGAAAUCCCAAAGAUUGAUGUCUACCUCUAUGAGGUAGAUAUUAAACCAGACAAGUGUCCUAGGAGAGUAAACAGGGAGGUGGUUGACUCAAUGGUUCAGCAUUUUAAAGUAACUAUAUUUGGGGACCGUAGACCAGUUUAUGAUGGAAAAAGAAGCCUUUACACAGCCAAUCCACUUCCUGUGGCAACUACUGGGGUAGAUUUAGAUGUAACUUUACCUGGGGAAGGUGGAAAAGAUCGACCUUUCAAGGUGUCAAUCAAGUUUGUCUCUCGGGUGAGUUGGCACCUAUUACAUGAAGUACUGACAGGACGGACCUUGCCUGAGCCACUGGAAUUAGACAAGCCAAUCAGCACUAAUCCUGUCCAUGCCGUUGAUGUGGUGCUACGACAUCUGCCCUCCAUGAAAUAUACACCUGUGGGGCGUUCCUUUUUCUCAGCUCCAGAAGGAUAUGACCACCCUCUGGGAGGGGGCAGGGAAGUGUGGUUUGGAUUCCAUCAAUCUGUUCGGCCUGCCAUGUGGAAAAUGAUGCUUAAUAUUGAUGUUUCUGCCACUGCCUUCUACAAAGCACAACCUGUAAUUCAGUUCAUGUGUGAAGUUCUUGACAUUCAUAAUAUUGAUGAGCAACCAAGACCUCUGACUGAUUCUCAUCGGGUAAAAUUCACCAAAGAGAUAAAAGGUCUGAAGGUUGAAGUGACUCAUUGUGGAACAAUGAGACGGAAGUACCGUGUUUGUAAUGUAACAAGAAGACCUGCCAAUCAUCAAACCUUCCCUUUACAGUUAGAAAAUGGCCAAACUGUGGAGAGAACAGUAGCACAGUAUUUCAGAGAAAAGUAUACUCUUCAGCUGAAGUACCCACACCUUCCCUGUCUGCAAGUGGGGCAGGAGCAGAAACACACAUAUCUGCCACUAGAAGUUUGUAAUAUUGUGGCAGGGCAGCGAUGCAUCAAGAAGCUAACAGACAAUCAGACGUCCACUAUGAUCAAAGCCACAGCAAGAUCUGCACCAGAUAGACAAGACGAAAUUAGCAGAUUGGUGAGAAGUGCAAAUUAUGAAACAGAUCCAUUUGUUCAGGAGUUUCAAUUUAAAGUUCGAGAUGAAAUGGCCCAUGUAACCGGACGCGUACUUCCUGCUCCUAUGCUCCAGUACGGAGGACGGAAUCGGACAGUAGCAACACCAAGCCAUGGAGUAUGGGACAUGCGAGGGAAACAGUUCCACACAGGAGUUGAAAUCAAAAUGUGGGCUAUAGCUUGUUUUGCCACACAGAGGCAGUGCAGGGAAGAAAUAUUGAAGGGUUUCACAGACCAGCUGCGGAAGAUUUCCAAGGAUGCAGGGAUGCCCAUCCAGGGCCAGCCUUGCUUCUGCAAAUACGCACAGGGGGCAGACAGCGUGGAGCCCAUGUUCCGGCAUCUCAAGAACACCUACUCAGGGCUGCAGCUCAUUAUCGUCAUCCUGCCAGGGAAGACACCAGUGUACGCGGAGGUGAAACGUGUGGGAGAUACACUUUUGGGUAUGGCUACACAGUGUGUUCAAGUAAAGAACGUGAUAAAAACAUCCCCUCAAACUCUGUCAAAUCUGUGCCUAAAGAUAAAUGUUAAACUCGGAGGGAUCAAUAAUAUUCUUGUACCUCAUCAAAGACCUUCUGUGUUCCAGCAACCAGUGAUAUUUCUGGGAGCAGAUGUCACUCAUCCACCUGCUGGUGAUGGGAAGAAGCCUUCCAUUGCUGCUGUGGUAGGCAGUAUGGAUGCCCACCCAAGCAGGUACUGUGCCACAGUCAGAGUUCAGAGGCCCCGCCAGGAGGUCAUCCAGGACUUGGCCUCCAUGGUCCGAGAACUGCUCAUUCAAUUUUAUAAGUCAACUCGGUUCAAACCCACUCGCAUCAUCUUCUAUCGGGACGGUGUUUCAGAGGGACAGUUUAGGCAGGUAUUAUAUUAUGAACUACUAGCAAUUCGAGAAGCCUGCAUCAGUUUGGAAAAAGACUAUCAACCUGGAAUAACCUACAUCGUGGUUCAGAAGAGACAUCACACUCGGUUAUUCUGCGCUGAUAGGACAGAAAGGGUUGGAAGAAGUGGCAAUAUUCCAGCUGGAACAACAGUUGAUACAGACAUUACACACCCAUACGAGUUUGAUUUUUACCUCUGUAGCCAUGCGGGAAUACAGGGUACCAGCCGUCCUUCACACUAUCAUGUUUUAUGGGAUGAUAACUGCUUUACUGCAGAUGAACUUCAGCUGCUAACGUACCAGCUCUGCCACACUUAUGUGCGCUGUACACGUUCUGUUUCUAUACCUGCACCAGCGUAUUAUGCUCACCUGGUAGCAUUCAGAGCCAGAUAUCAUCUCGUAGACAAGGAACAUGACAGUGCUGAAGGAAGUCACGUUUCAGGACAGAGCAAUGGACGCGAUCCACAAGCUCUCGCCAAGGCCGUACAGAUUCACCAAGAUACCUUACGCACAAUGUACUUUGCUUAAAAAAUCCGAGAGUAUUCUCUGAGAGGAAGAACUGAAAGAUGAAUUGACAUACAAUGUAUGUUUCCAUGGAGUCUGUUGAGUGGAGAUGCCUCCAGCCAUACAGAAACCAACACUGUGGGGACCAGGGUCUGAUUUUUAUGCUGAUACAAGGAAGAUUGUUUACUUCAUCAAGGGACACAGCACCAUUAUGCAACAUGAAACCAGCCAGCUGCUUCUCUGUGCGGGCUCCUGUGGGCAGUAUCGCCGUUGUUUUGUUCUCACUUUCUGUAGUCUGGCCCUUUUAAUGCCUUUACCUCAAGUUGCUUGGCAGCACAACUACCUUUGCAAAAAAAGUAAAGAAAAGGUAAAUGAUGAUUUUUAAAAAACACACCUACAUGAAUAAUCAGUGAUUGUUCAUAAUUCUGUGUGCAAAAAAAUUAAUGUGCAUUCGUGUAUUCUUGUAAAAAGUAUCUGUGUAUACUUUAAGUGUAUACAUGUAUACUUCAUAUACAUAUAUAUCUGGAUCUACAUGGAUAACAGAUAUAAAUGUUCUUUGUGUAUAUUUUAUAGUUCAUUCCACUGGGAAAUUCCUUUCCCUUUUAUUGUCCUCUCACCACCACUUUCGUUUCUCACUCUACCUCCCCUGCCUCAUCACCUGCGUUGUUUUUCCUUAACGCUACCAGUGACAUUCAGAUGUCCGUGUAUCUGAUUCAUUGAAUACGGAGCAUGGCAAAGUAGACUUUUAUUUUGCACACCCACUCCUCUCUCUUGUCUCAUACACAAUAUGAAGUCCUCCACUCUUGAUAUUGCUUUCUUAAGAAGCAGUUGUGUGUGUGUGUGUGUGUGUGAGAGAGAGAGUCUGCAUCUGCCACUUCCUGCUCUGAAUUUACAUUCGCCACUCGUGCAAGGUGUGCAUAAGCAGUAGUAACCUAUUUUUUCUUUAGUGAGUUUGUUAAAAGCUGCUACAAAUAGAAAACCUUGUCAGAACGUAUAACUCUUUCUCUCUGUAAGUGAUAUGUACUCUAAAGCCUUCUGUUUCUAUGGGUUAUACAUGGAAAUCCCUUAAAGGAUUUUUUUUUAAGGGUAAAUAUUUGUAAUGAUUAGAACUCUGCAGGGUUGAGACCUCUGAAAUUGGAGGGAGAGAAAGUAGGAGUUGUUCGAGUUAACUUUUUUUUUGCUAGUUUACUUGCUGCCUCUCAUACCUUAAUGUGAUUUUCAUAUAUAUAUAUUUUUAUAUAUAUGCGUGUGUAUAUAUAAAUAUAUAUGUAUGUAUUUUGAAGUAUAGCUUCUUUUUCUUUUAUAUUUAUUAGAGUAGUGCUUUCAUGAUUAUAGAACUGUAUUGGCAGCAUCUUUUAUAGAAAUAUAAUCCUGUUUAUUUUAAGAACUGAUGACCUGUUUUCGCUCUCUUCUCGUGCAAUAAGCCGUUUGGGAGGAAAGCUGCGCCUCAGAGGCUGACGCCUCUGCCCCAGACAGUGUUAGAGCAGGUGCCUCCGCGGUGUGAAAAGAGCAGAGUGAGGCAGCCUGCGUUUCAGAAGGAAAGGUUUUUUUAUUUUCAAAUCUAAAGCAAGUCUGAGCUUGAAUAUUAAAACUAAAGUUGAAUUUUGACUUCAAUGAUCAUGAAUAGGUUAAAAUUUAGAAGAUAUUUAAAUUCUUUGAAAAUAAAUCAUGUUUAUGGAAGAAUCAUACUGAUUAGAUGCCCAAUUUCAUUUAUUAAAAUGAAUCAGGAAAAUGUGAUAUUUUAAAAAAUAUUUCUGCCAAUUUACCACCGGUAUAACUUUCCUUUUAAAAUUAGGGUUAUGGUGACAAAAGGAAAUUAGAACUUUGAUCACUGAAAUGUGGGGGAAAGUUUUGCAAAAUUUUGUUUGAUGGAUUUCACUUUAAGAUGCUAAAAACUACUAUAAAGCUGUCAAAACCAAGUUCACCAGUAACAUUGGAUUCAGGGGAACUUUGUACUUUGUAACUCACGAAAAUUGCAUCUUACUAUUCUUUUGCACUGCUUCAGAGUAUGACUACUACAGGUUGUUUCCGGGGGCAUUGUCCUUAACCUUUCCGAGUGUCAUCUGUUCACGAAAACGGAUGUGUUAGCUCUGCAGCUUCGCUCUCACCUGUAACCCACUCUUACUGCCAGUCACUGUCUUUUGAGCCUAAAAUCUGAGCCCAUGUCCUCCAACAGUUUAUGAAAUCCAAAAGAUUACGAAAUCUUUUGUCCCUCUCUCAGAAAACUAAGAAAGUACUGUAUUUUGUAUGUUUAUUAUACUGAAGUGUCCGAAAUGCAAUUUACAACACUGUUUCAAAGCUCUUUACAUGAGGUGAUAUUUGUAUAGUACAGUAUAUACAUUUUUUCUCCCAACCCUGCCCCCUUUUCCUCUGAAAAAUCCUAUAAAGCAUGUAUGUUUUUUUACAUUGAAAAUUCACUGAAUAUAGUAGUCAGCAACGUGGGCAAGGGAAGAUAAUUGUGUGUUCUAGAUGGUAAAAACUUGUUUGCUGUGUGCUUGCUCAGUGUGAGUGAGACGUCUGCCUUUAUCAGAGCGAGUUACGCGGGUGCACGUGGGAAACUCUAGUGCUGAGGGACCGUAGGUACCCUUUCCCUGUUGGCUGCUUUACCUGAUUUUUUUUUUCAGUUAUUUAGUGUCACAUGCACUAGAGUGCAGCCCAUAAUUUAAAUGUACUUUUACAAAGGAAAAAAAUAUUUUUUUAAAUAUAAAGCUUUACCUUUGAAGUGAGUUCUUUUUUAGGGUUUCUUACUUACAGUUUCAACGUAAUUAGUUUAAGGUUGGUUAACUUGAAAGAGUAUGUAGAGUAUAUUUCUAUUUUGCUUACAAAUGAAUUAGUGUGUCACACUUAUUUAGAAGAAACAUUGUACUUAGAAUUUUAAGGUAAAAGAGUAAGAGGCAAGUACUUUUUGAAUUUUGUUUUAAUUAUUGCACAUCUGGUGUAGAAUCCUGAUCAUUAUUAUUUUCUAAAAAGAUCGUCCUGAAUGUAAUGGCCAUGAAACUCAACAGCAACCUUUCUGUGCUGCCCUCGCUCACUAACUAUACAGUGAAGGCUAAGUUUUGGUCUGCUGUUGUCUGUGAUGUACAGUAUCAGAGUGACUCUAAAAUGUCAGUUCCAGCAACUGGUAUAAUUGGUGUUCAUGCAAAGAAGAGUUGGGGAGUUUAAUGUAUAUCCUGGCUAGCAAAUGAGUCUGUGUAAAGUGCUGAUACAUGUUAUUAUAUUAUAGUCUCAAGUUACUGGCAUUAAGGACCAUACAUUUAUAAUACUGUAGCUGCUAUAUUUAUUUAAGUAGAGUCUGACCGUUACUGCACCAGACAAUAAGAUGAGCAGGAUUCAAGGCUAGUGUUAGAACCCCCUCUUUUUUCCCUAAAUAAUAAUUAAGAACAUGAAAUACCAAGGUAACAAGGGUGCUGUGAUUUUAGUUUCAAUGUAAUACCAGGAUAGUGUUUAUUUGUUUUAGAAAUAUGGAGUUUUACUUUUAGCAGUUUUGGAAAAAAGGUACCUCAGCCUCCUCAGUACUGGUUUUGGCAUAUUUUCAUGGAAGUAAAGAUGUCCUUUAUUUCUUAAUAUUUUAUCUUUUGCCCUGGCCAGUAGCUCAGUUGGUUGGAGUGUUGUCCUGAUGUACCAGGGUUGCAGGUUUGAUCCUCAGUGGGGCGUGCUCAGGAAACCCACCAGUGAGUGCGCGGAUGCGUGGGACGGCCAGUCAGUGUUUCCCUCCCUUCCUCCCUCUCUCUCUCUCUCUCUCUCUCUCUAAAGAUCAAUAAAUAAAACUAAAAUAUAUAUAUAUUUUACCUUUAACAAGUUUCUCAGAAAAAAAUAUUCUUCUAUGGAAAUCUUCCUGUUUGUAACCUGUUAAUUUAUUUCUCCUCCUAAAAGAGAGUCUGGAAGGAAUUCUAGUAGGAAAGUGCUGGGUGUUUUGGAAGCACAUGGUGGAGAUUCAUCUCCACCUUCUAGCACAGGGACUCCCAGCCUUCUGAAGUUCUAUACUAGUGUUCCCAACGAGGUUCUCUGAUGGCCCACUACUGCCUAUGUUUACUUAUAUAUUUGUACUAAAACGGAUUUUAGUAUGAUAGAGCUCGUGACAGACUUGGUCGUGAAAGACUUCCAGUGCAUCUGGGGAAGUACAAGCUGACUUGCCAUUCAGUAGAAGUGGCUGGCAGAGGUUCUUGGUGUUUAAGAAAAAGGUGAACACUCAGAGUGCCACUAAUACAUCUGAAGUAAUUAAAUGGAUUAUAGGCCAGGAAAUAGAGACCCUUGUUCAAGGAAUUUGGUGGGUGUUUUCGGAGGCUAACCUGAAUUUACCAGGAGUGGUGAUUUUAUGAAAUGGACAAAGCAGCCACUUGGUUUUAGCUAGAGUAUGUUGUAAUCUUGCUACUUCAAAUUUGAUGCUAAUAUUUUGCCAACAGGCUUAACUGACAGCUCUGCAUAACUUUUAUUCAGUAUCAUAAAACCUGAUUUAAUAUUUGCUUAACUCAUCAUUUUAUGUUCUCCUGUUGAAUACUUUUAAAGAUGGUUUGCCCCCAACAGUAACCUGCUAUUUAAAUUAACUUUUAUAUCUUUCUUUAUUUUUCUUCAUUCCUCCUUCAGUCUGUUUCUUGUUUUAUAAAAAGCUUUCUCCUUUUUAAAAAAAUUAUCUUUUAUGAGUUAUUAGUCAAGCUUCAUUGGCCUGGCAUCUUUAUUUUGGCUUUUUUAUCCCUAUAUAGUUGUAAUCCUUUUCAUUCCUUUUGAGAAUUCAUGGGUAUGUUAUAGCUGCAGUCAUAAUAGUUGGGACACUUUAUGCAAAGGAGGGUAGUGUGACUCUGACUCUGGAGUCCGUCUUUAUUUUCAUUUCUCUCCCAUUUGAUGAUAGAAAGCACUUUCGUGGUUCUGCAGGAGUCAAAAAAUAAGCAAAGAAAACGUGGUAAAAUCAGUACUACAGAAAUAUGAAAGUGAGAAUUUUCUCCAAAAAUUCUUGUGUUUUUUUUUUUUAAUUCCUGCUUAUACUAGGAACAUUCUUGAUCAAUGGCAGUGUUAGAAAUGACACUGUUUUUAGUGAAAUUUAAGCUGAUUCCCAGGAGGAGUAAAAUCUCUCCCUUUUACUCCUCCUUCCCUUCCCUUUUCCGUUCCCUUCCCUCUCCUCCUCCUUCCUCCUCCUUCUCUCUCUGUCUCUCUCUUUCUCUCUUUAUAUAUAUAUAUAUAUAUAUAUAUAUAUAUGAAAAUAUUUAGACUUCUUUCUACUUUUAAAAAUGGUACAUUUCAGUUUAUAAUUUCCCAUGUCAGUCAAAAUAAUUUAACUAAAAUACCAUGUCAAGGCUUGUACUAAUAUUAUCUACUACUAGUUGAAUUUUAUUUUUUCUUUAUCCAUCAAAGAUAGUGCUCUAGGUUUUUACAUUGUUGAUUGAGCCUCAAGAAUCUUUUGCUUUUAAAGUGUGGAAGCUAAAGAUUCUCAUUCAAAUUAAAGAUAGAUAAUAAAUUUAACAUGGAGGAUUGAGAUUUAUCAAUGAGAAAUCAGUUGAAGUAUCAGGUAACGAAUAGUGUUACAACAUGAAGAUUCUGUCCAGUCAUAUAUCCAGCCAUUGGUCUCAUUUCUUUUUGAAAUCAAUGUCCGAGGUAACCAACAUCUAGUGUAUCUAGGGUCUCAGUAAAGAAAGGAUAUUCCAUGGGUUGGUCUCUGAGUUAAGUUUCUAAAUCUUUUUUGUGACACAAGGAGGUUCUUAGAAAGUGCCUUUUCAGAAGAUGGUGCUAAAGAUUUUUAUUUUUCAAAUAGCAUGAAGCUAAAACUUUAAAAAAUAAAUUAUUCUAGAACUCCAAGAGUAUGACAGUUUCAUAUAAAUAAUGUUGUUUUCCUAAAUCUGGUCCAAGGGAGUGAAAUAAAGCUUUUAUUCAGCAACAUAUCCAGGCUGAUGCUCACCAAAUGUAUUUUGUAAGUUUGGAAACAAAACUUUUAAUGCUUUCAGUUCCCAGCUGUGUUGAAAUUAAUCUCGAAGAUACAUAAAACAGCAAAUUUGCUUUAACUUUUUAACAAGAGUGUGGGUGAAGCAGUAGGUGCCCAGGGGAAAAGGAGUUACAUGUCGUAGGCUCCCUGUCCGUUUUGUCCCCCAGUGCAGACUGGCCCUUUUAUAAAUACCUAUUGGCCACCUUUUCUAAAUAAUUUUUUUAAAAGGCUGCUUGCAAAGGAGGAGCCGAGUCAUUGUGGAGAUCAGUUUAAGAGAAUGAUAAUGUCUCUGUAUUUAGGGAAUUUUUCUUGUUUAGGAACCCAAAAUAUUUUCAGUUACUCUCUUUUUUCCUUGCAUGGGGGAACUAUGCAAAAUGAUGACAGCACCUCUGAAAGGCUGUGAUCAGCUCAUUAGAUACAGAACAUGCAAAACGGGCUUUGGAGGAAGUAAGCAAAAGGAGGGGUAAUAGCAGGACCAUUCAUACUUAUUAGAAAUUUCCUUUUCUACAGAAAGCAGUUUCCCCCUGAGCUAGGAGACAGUAAAUAGCAGUAAAUGAUCACCUAACCAGUUCUUGCUUGUGAAUUUGGCAAGCAUUCUUCGAAAAAAGAGUAGACUAAAAACAAAAAAACACCACACCUCAGUAACCUUCUAUGCUGCAUUAUGUAAUAAUGAUAGUAAAAUUAUAUUGUCUGUUUGGAGUGUACUAUGUUCGCAAAUGUCAAUGCACAUUAAACUUUUUCAUUUUUUUAAUAUUAGUUUUUCUAUUGUGAUGUUUAUAUUUAUUGGCAAUUUGUGUGCAACUUUUAUAUUUUGCUUAGAUGUUGGUUUUAAGGUAUUUUAUUUUUAUAGAUAUUUCUAGCUUUUCCUCUUUCUUUGUAAUAUUAGCAAAGAAUAAGGUGGAAUGUUAAUACACCAUCCAAAACUACUAAUUCUACAAAGUUUAGAAUUUGGAUUUUUACCAAUAAACCAUUAACACUAUUUUAACACUUAGAAUAUUUAAUGUUGUUUAUAUAGUGGGCAUUAAAAACAGUCUUUAGACAGAUUUCUAAAUGUGGAGAGGAGGUGGGUCUUUUCUAUAAUUUAGAUUUCUUUCCCUUAAGUAGCAAACUGACACUAACAUUGGAUUUACUUGACCUGAUCUGCAGUUUGGGGGCAACUUGUCAAAUAAAUAAGUGUUACAUUUCUUUUUAACUUCAGCUGCUUUGAAACCGCUUAAAUGGUUAUAUCUUCCAGCAUUAGGAUUAUGAUACCAUUUUCAUAGGCCUGGAAAACAAAUAGCAAACAAUCCAGAAGUCACUGAUAAUUGACUUUGAAAUGGGAUUUUCCCCCCCAUAAUUAUAUAUGGAAGACUUGUUACCCUGCCCUUUUCCCUAACAUGCUUUAAAGUUGAUUCAACCCUGAGCAUCAGUGAAGAAACAGAGUUUUAAGUGACAUGGGGAGCUAAGGAUAAAGACCAAUUAAUAUAUUGUUUCAGUUAAUUAAAAAUUUAACAAAGUGCCCUGGCUGGUGUGGCUCAGUGGAUGGAGCACUGGCCUGUGAAUCAAAAGGUCACCAGUUCAAUUACCAGUCAGGACACAUGCCUGGGUUGCUGGCCUGUUGGGGUGUGUAAGAGGCAACCAGUCCGUGUUUCUCGAGCACAUUAGUGUUUCUCGCCCUCUCUGCCUCCCGGAUCCCUUCCCCUCUCUAAAAAUAAAUAAAUAAAAAUCUUUAAUUAAAAAAACUAAAAGUUAAAGUAAUCAUAAUUGAUGAAUGUGAAUUAAUGGAAAGUGAAAAACAUUAUCACAGACUAUUAAUUUCAAGCAUAUAUGGUCACUCCACUUUCGUAGUGAACAGAUCAAGCUUAUUUAUAUUGGCAACUAACUUUUUAUAAAGGUACAUGAAAAAAACAAGUGAGUUAAGCAGGUAAAAUAUUUCCACUGUAUUUUUACACUGAAUUUGCUUGGUAAGCCUUUUUUUUUUUCUUUAAGAGAUCAGAAGAUAAAUAUUACCCCAUCCUCAGAGUUUUAAAUUCUAAAUGAUCAGGGCUCAGUGUAUGGCAUUUUACUGUAUUAUUCUCUAUUCUUCCACUGAGAAGGGGGUAAAUGAGAAAGUUUUAAGUAAUUGGGAAAAUGUUAUUUUUAUAUUAUGUAAAAUUUUGCAACUUCAAGUGAGUCAGCAUGAGAUUUCAUAUACGCAUUAGCCAUAUUGUUUCUUUUUGCAUUGUUGCCAGUUACGGUAGUUUUAUACAGUAAUCAGAGCUACUUCCUUCACUGGUCCAUCCAGCACAGUGGAAGAUUGGUGCUCUGAUUAUAGCAAUUUGUUGCUACUAAAUAAAAGCUAAAUAUGUUUCAAGCAGUCAGAUAUGUCUUUGUUACACAUAUAUGCCCCCCUCUUAAGGAUAGUGACCGUGUUUGUAACUUCAGUAGUUUUUAUUCAUUAUGUUUCAGCAUCGUCCUAGGAUAACAGGCAUAUAAUUGUAGACCAACAUUUUUAAAGCAGCCUCGAGUACAACAAAUAGUCCUCUAUUUAUUUUUUCUUCUGAAAGCUCAUAGCAACCUGACACCUAGAGCUUAUUUUGCUCUUUUAACUGUUUGGCUCCGUAAAUAAGGUACGUGGCCUCAGGACUGAGCUCCUGUGGUGAACUGUGGGGUGACUUGCUCACACUUGUCGUCCGCCUCCUCAGAAGGAAGCGUUUGUGCAUCACUGACAGUCCACCCCCAAAGAGAACUGUCGGAACGGUCCUCUGUGAGUAGAAAACAGACGGGAGGGUCGGUCAUUGGAACUUCGCUUUUUCUCACUUUUUUUUUUCCAUACAAAUGAAAUUUUUGUUUUAUUAUAGAUGUGCAUACAGUCCAUUUUUGUUUUAAAUUUAAGAGGCUGUUCCACAGAGGAAGAUUACUCUGGUAUUUAAUGCCUAAAUUUUUCCAUCUUUAUUCACUUUGUAGCUUUAGUUGGAAGGACAAACAAACCCCGUAAUUUGGCCCUUUAAUAUUAUUUUCAGCACAAAUGAAAGACUUUCUAGAAAGAUGUGGCAGUUGUGACUAUCUUUAUUAUAGGAACCUAUGAAAACAGGAGGUCUUCGUAAAGAAAGAAAAUAGUGGGCCCUGGCUGAUGUAGUUCGGUGGAUUGAGAACAGGCCUGAGAACCAAAGGGUCGCCAGUUUGAUUCCUAGUCAGGGCACAUGCCUGGGUUGUGGGCCAGGCCCCCUGGUGGGGGCUGCAUGAGACAUAACCACACAUUGAUGUUUCUCUUCCUCUCUUUCUUCCUCCCUUCUCUUUUCUCUAAAAAUAAAUAAGUAAAAUGUUAGAAAAGAAAAGAAAUAAACUAGUUGGAUUGUGAGCAUAUGUAGUGAGGAGGGAAAUGGGGAAAAGGUUUCUCUACUAGGAUCUUUGAAUAGAAACAUUACAAUUACUUCAUAUUUGUCCAGUUCUCACAGGCACAUUGUAAAGGCUAUUUGAGAAGAGACCUAAGAAGAGUGCCUCUGUGUCUGUUGUCCCACAACUAAAGCUGCAUCUAUUCUCAUUAAAUCGGACAAGUCUUAGAAGUCACUUCUGAGUUACAACAAAGAAAUGAAGUAUUUAUCCUUAAAUAGACGUUGCUAUCAACAUGGCAUCUCCAUCUUGUCCCUUUACAUAGAAUCCACGGAGCAGAGCACUUCCAGGCCAGGCAGUAUUUCCUGUAACAAAAAUGUUUUUGGUGAAAGGUUUAGGGAAAACCCUGAUAGGCCGUAAUGAAGGAGGGAUUUUGCCUCUUGUGUGCAGUUCAAACAGGUUAAUGAAUUCAGUCUGGUCCCAGGGAGCUUAGCAAGAAGCUUUGGUUUGUGGUAGCAACAGACUUGGCUCUCCAGUGGUUGUUAGUUGCAAACUCUCCCAGUUUCACAGAAAGUGAUUGAUCUCAGAGUAUUAAUGAUGGCCCUGCAAAUGUGCAUGAGCUCUUUUCCUCAUUCAAAGCCAGGUUUAGCAAGCACUAACUGAAAUCUCUCAUAGUUUGUCCCUGUAAGAUUCUUUAAAAGUUUUGCAAGACAUUUCUCAUUUCUUACUUAGCCCAGGCUAUAACCCCUUUCUCCUGCAAAAAAAAGAAAAAAGGGAUUUAGAAGCAGUUUAUAUAGAAUUCUACUAGGAGUAAAUAAAGUCUUAAUACUUGGGGAAAGAGGCUCAAAGGCCACAAGUUACAGCUCGAUUGGGAGACUGAGCACUUUUUUAUGUGCGGGUCUGAAGUUUUUCCUUUCACUCACCUUUCUCUUACUCACUUGCAGGCCAUCCUGUUUUGUAAAGUAAUCUCUUUAUGCCAUUUAUGAAUCCUGCAAGUCCCAACCCCCCCCCCCCCCACACGCGCACACACACAGUUAAAAAUAAAGGGGGAAGGAUAAAAGAAAAAGGGUGUAAUAAGAAUCCUUAGAAUGUAACUUCAGUUAAUGCAGAUGGAAGGAAACCCUAACUUGGUGAAGGGGUGAAGACUGAGGCGUUAAUACUGCAGGUAUGAUGUCCGGCCGUAGAAUUUUUGGCUAGCUUUAGAGUGAUGGUGUUGACAGAAAACAUAAUCUGAAAUAGGAUGUUGUAGCAAAGUGAUAAAAGAGAGUUGUUCUCGGGAGUACUGUUUCAACCUUCUGCAACAGAGAUCCUCAUAUUCUAUUCUUUCCUCUUAAUUUACAUAUUGAUUUAUUCCGACUUCAGCCAAACAGAUAAUCCCUCACAUAUCCCUCUUGGUGUGUGCAAAAUUCCAUAAUAAAAAAAUUUUUAAGCUCAUUUCCUAGGUAACCCUGAGCUGUAAAGAACAAAGCAUUUCAAGGUAUUUUCAAAUUGCAGGACCUUUUAAAAGAUCACAACUGGAUGAAGACUGUUAAGAACUUGUUGCCUUUGAAGACUGAGAAAGGGCUCUACAACUUGAGGCAGAGACUUGGAGUUUAGUCAGAGCUCUGCCACUAAUUCGCUGUGUCGUUAGGCAACUUCCUAAUCUCUCUGUGCCUAGAUUCUCCUUGUAACAUGGUAGUGACAAUACCGUCCCUCACCUACCUCGCAAAGCUGCUGUAAGGACAGGGUGUUUGCGUCAAUGCUUGACUUCUCCAAAGCAAAAGCUGUUCAGAAGUUUCAAGCUAAUACUGUAUAAUCUUGUUGCAUGAAGGGUUUGUUCACAGUUGGCCUCUAUGAAAGUAACUUUAAUUACCAUAGAUCAUUUCAUUAAACAGGUAUAAGAGAAACUUAGGCCUUCCUGUGAUAUGCCGUUCACUGACAAACAUACCCUGUUCUGUUUUCUCCCCUGCCAGAUAAUUCAGCACACUGGCUGGAUUUUCUUUGUAAUAACCCUUGGCAAAGGUAUAACUUCAAAAGCCAAGCUCCAUUGAGCGGUGCUGUGGCAGCUGCCAUUGUAUUUUGAGGUGGAUUUAUGCGGUGAAACCAUUAGAUAAUCACAUACUAACUUUGCCUUUUCCCUCUGGGCAUUUUUGCUGCACACUGGCGCCAGAGGCUGUUGUACAACCUCAUAGUUAUCCCUUUGUUUCUUGGCAGAUUUUUGGUACCUUGUUUUGGAGUAGGGCAUUAGGUUUUAAGAAGGAAAGUGUGCUUAUUUCACUCAUCAAUUUGCAGCGUUCAACCUUGCUUUCUAGUCACCAUGUAGCUGUAAAAGUUAAAAUAGAGUGAAAGGGGUUUUUUUUCUUCAUUUUCAUUCAGUUUUCAACACCUGCAGGUGGUGUCGGGCAGCCUGUUAGGGUCUGACCCAGUUAUCUUUUUGGAUGGUUGGCAGAACCUUACAUUUUGGGGACCUACCCACUUCCCCCAGGGGAAGGGCUCGUUUUUCUAGGAAAUAACAAUGGACACAUCACCAAAGGUCAUGUAAGCAAUUCCUUGUUGCAACAAACAAGUUUUGGAUUGUUUUUCAGAAAAAAAGAAUGCAUUUUAGGUACACAGGGUAUGGAUGCAUUCAACAUUUAUUUCGUGUCUCAUAGACGCUGGCCUCCCCUUGUCGAGGGCAGCGGGGCUCUUCCAGCUCAUCACUGAAGUAGAUGCUGUCUGUCGUAAUUCUGUAGGGUAAUGAGAAGUGCAAGUACUGGGAGUGAGAAGUUGAGAAGUUUCCUGUUUGGAAAAUAAAGUCCACCUUGCUGAGUGAGACAGCUGAGAACAUUGUUACAUCAGGACUACUUUUAAACAGUUUUUGCUGUAAGCGGUAGCUUUAAUGUUUCUCUUCAGUUAUAGACCCACAAAAGUAUUAUUACUGUAUCAUUCUUGUGGACUAGUUCAUGGAUGCAUCCACAGGCUGUGGGAAGCAGUGGGGUGUGUGUGUGUGUGUGUGUACAUAUUUGAUGUUUAUAACACUCUGUGUACUGUAUAAGUUUAUAUAGAGAAAAAUAACAUGUUUCUGUAGUGUUUCGGGGACUAAAAUUGUAAGGGAACCAACCAUUCCAGUGUAGUCCGACCCCUCAGUCUAGAGAGCAUCGAUACGACACACAGAUGUGCACCCCGAACGCCUUGCUAACGGCUCCCACUUUUGAUAAGUGCUGCUUUUUUAAAACCCCAGUGGCAGAGGAAGACAGAGCCCUCUUUUUAAAGGGGCUCUUCUGAAAAGUAACGUAAAUACAGGGCCUGCAGGGAGGGCGGGCCACCUGCACACACCCUACAGGUGGACAAAGAGCCUUUUAAAUUUUACUUUUUAACCAUCUUGACCGUGUGUGCCUAUUUGUAUUGCAGAAGUGAACUAUUUGGGGGGGAUCGAUAUCAGUAUGUUUUGAAGCCGAAUUGUCACAUAAACUCAGAGUAACUUGUUUUUCCAUCUGCCUUUUCCACACUAACUGUUCUUGCCAAAUAUUUCUCCUGUUACCAGGUUUCAGCAUGGUAAAAUGAUGGGAGUCUCCGACCUCCUUCCUCAUCUUCCCUCUCCUGUCUCACACCUGGCCUUAGGUUUUGGGUUGGCUUCCCACAAGAACAGUUUCUUGUAGUAAUUCAAGGAGUGUAGAAUUUCGAAUGCUUAUAUGCCUUCCUUUGUCAACAUUUAGUUACGCAGUAGCAUCAGUUAAAACAAUGGGGUGAGUCCGAGUUGGUAUAGGACCAGAUAAGAUGUUGAAUUACACUGAACUUGACCGGCACGUUUAAUUAAGAGGAAAUACAGUGGGAGUGGGGGAAGUCUGUGUCAUCUUUGUGAUCGCUGUAUAAUUAGAAAUACCAAAUGCUCGGUCCUGUCACUGUGCACUUGGGGGCGUUGGGUUUGAAUCCCAUUUUAAUUCCUUGGAAACUAUAUGUAAUUACGAUGAGCAGAAGGGAAAUAAAGUUUUUCAACAAAAGUUGGUGGGGUUUUUUCGGUAUUUAAAGUUUGGUAGUAAAUUUUCUACUUUCAGUUAGUUUAUUGUCCCAAAAAUUACUACAAAAAAUGGAAGGUUGAGAUUGAGAAGCUUGAAGAAGCCACUUUUUACGCAUUUCAGUCACAGUAUUUUAUUAAAGAAAUUCUCGUAAUUCUUUCUGAGCCAAACUGUCACCAUAAUGUCCUGUGACAGAACCUCUCCUGUUUUUUAUUUUUAUUUUAUUGCCAUUCUGCAUAUUGGAAAGGUUCUAUGUUGUAUUUGUUUUUGAUCCUUGAUUUUUAAAAACAGUUAAUGGUUUUAAUGUUGCUUAGCUUCAGUUUGAUGUGUAAUUCUCCCUAAUAAUUGCAAUAAAAAGAAAGGCUUUGCUUCA